AUGAUGAACCAAGUUGUUGAGGAUAUUGCAGAAAAGGAUGAUAAAACAAAUUUAAAUGACUUCAUGUCACGAAUAACUGGAGAAAUUGUAGUAAAAGGUUUUUUUGGAAAGUUAGCUGAAGGGUUCUAACUUGAAGGAAAAGAUGCAUAGAUAGCUCUGACUAAUUUAACAGGAGAAAUAUCUUUGAUUGUAAUGGAAAAUCUAUAUUCGUUUGUUAAAUCUUUAUUAUUUGGAGUAAAAAUGUGGAAAAUCUUGCCAUCCAAAUAAGAAAAAGAUCUAGUGAGGAGAGUGGAGAAUGUAAGAAUAAAAUUGAAUGACCUAAUAUUAAAAAGAAUAGAAUAAUUAAAGGAUAAUCCAGUCCAAGAUCAAGAUAAAAUGGUUUUCUUAGAUUUAUAUGUAACUGAAUACUUAAAAUAAUAAGCAUAAAAUGAAUAAUAGAUAGAUCUUGAAGAAAUAUUGCAUCAAUUUAUAACCCUAUUCUUUGCCGGUACUGAUACAACAGCAACAGUUUGUGGAACUUGCUUAUAUUAUUUAGCUAAAUAUCCUGAGAUUUAAUCUGAAAUCUUAGAAGAAGUAAAUGAAGUAAUUGGAAAUGCUGAUAUAAAUGAAGACAAUUUAAAUAAGCUAAUUAAGGUUAACGCUUUGAUUUAAGAAGUUUUAAGAUUGAGGAAUCCAGCAUUUGUUACACUCUUUAGAACAGUUAAACGUGAUAAAUAGGUUUAAGACAUUAAACUAAAAAAGGGAUGGGCAUUAGUGUAAAUGUAAAACGCUAGUAGUAUUUAAGACACACAUUUUGAUAAUGCUACUGAAUUUAAUUAUAAAAGAUGGUUAAGCAAGGAUAGUAUAAUUAAAAACGAUAAUGGAUACAUUCACAUACCUUUUACUGCAGGGCCAAGAAAUUGCAUUGGAUAACAUAUGGCAUUGAUGGAAGCAAAGAUUAUUAUAGCACUGCUGGUUAGGAAAUAUAAAAUACUCUUAAAUCCGGCCGUUUAGUAAAUUAGAUUUGGAAUUAAAUUCUUGUAAUGUGUUGAACCAGACAACUGUGUAUUAUUUGAAAAAAGAAUUUGA